AUGGCUAAGGACAAUAGCCAGGUAACUUGGACCCAACCACCAGUGCCGUGUCAUUUCAAGCCCUCAGGCGGAGGUAUACGGAUUAUUCUGCUUCAUUCUAGGGCGACACCUGACAUAUUGGCUGGUAUCGGCAAUUCUAGGCUUACUUUAUACCAAGUCGACACUACUGUACCAGUUCUCAAGAAGCAAAUAAAAAGCUGGGAAAAACUGACGUCAAAAUCUCCACUGGGUUCAGAGCCGUGCGUUCAAGAUUGGGAUUACUACGUUCUGCUGCCCCAGCUAACCAUUAUCCAAUGCACUCAUCCUUGUUAUAACCCAAAGAAAUUCCUACAUCUUUCGACAUGUCCGAAAAGUCAAGGUCUGGAGACGGGACAA